CAUAAAUUAUCAAGGGACGUGUGAAAAGUAAAAUGAGAUGUGUAAAUAGUACACUCCUUUCUUUAAUACUAAUUGUGUACAACCAUAUUCCUUGGAUUUGUGAACGAGUCGUGACUAGGAAAAACUCGGCCGAGUUGUAUAACUAGAAGGCAAAACGACAUCGUUCCCAGUACAUUCUCAAAUCAUCUCGACCCAGUUUACUUCUUCCUUCGAAAAAUUGGAAGCUCUGGUGGUUCGAUGGAGGCUAGCAAGAAGGGCUACGCGUGGGCAGUCUCAGCCGGGCUCUGCGCCGCUUCCGCCGCCGUUUCGGCGAAGCUCAUCACUAAUCAGAUUGUAAAGUACUGUUUCGUGGUAUUAUUCAACGUGACAAUGUGGGGGUGCUUUGUGCAAAGCUUAAAAAAUCUGUCGUCUCUGCAAGCUACAGCGACGAACUUCGCUACCAACUUCCUCACUUCUGGUCUGGCCGGAUACUUUUUGUUUCAAGAACCCUUAUCUGAGAAGUGGUUUGCAGGUGCCUUGCUCAUUGUCGUUGGCGCUCUCGUUCUUAGUAAGUCAAGUAUCGAGAAGAAUGUUCAUACGGAUUAAUGUUUCUGCAUUCCAUUUCGCGUUCUCGCAUUUGGUUGAGAGAUUAGAUAACUGUAGAUUUUGCGAGGAUGUACAUAUAACUAAACCGUUGAACAAUCUGUUUUGUUUAUGUGUAAUUGUGCUUUUUUAUGUAAUUUUAUACUUUGGUGACUCAUUUUGUGAAUAAGAUUAUUCGUUCUUUUCAUUUCA